AUGGAUUGCGACGACGUUUUCAUGGAGCUGACGCGCGCCCCGUUUCCCAGCGAGAGCACCGCCGCCAGGGCGGUCGAGCGUCACCUCCGCAUCUGUCCCGAUUGUCGGUUGAUCACCGAAGCGUUCCGCCCGGCGCCCGACGUGACUCACGAGGCGCUCGGCGAAGCGGAACGCGAGACGCUCCCGUCGUACGAGGCUGGGGCCCCGCUGCCGCUGGCUUUCGCCGAAUCCGGCGCCGGGCGACGUCCGUCGAUCGGCUCGCGAGGGCCGGGCGCCGACGGCGUCGCGCCGCUGGCGAUGGCGCCGGGCCACGCGCGCCUGAGCGAGGAGAUCGCCACCCAGGUGGCGGCGUUCACGCUCGCGACGACACGCGAGGAGAGCCGGCUGGCCGACGUCCUCUCGCUGCUCGCCCUCAGCGUGGCGACGGUCGUCGGCGUCGGCGGGCGUCUCCGACGCCGAUUGCGCGUUCGACACCGUAGGGGCUCGACCUGCCGCAAUCGGCGUCGGAGACGCCUCCCACAGAUCGCUUCACCAGCUUCGAGGCGCUCUAGCCGCAACGGUUGUUCCGAUCGCUCCGACGGGCCGGCGACAGAAACCGUAGCGCAAUCGGUGCGCGCCGCGCCGCGUCGUCAGGAGCGACCUACGUUUGCUGUUGGGCAGAGCGUGCGGUCUCGUCCGGUCACCUUCGAAGGUUGCACUAUGGCGUUGUGCGCCCCGACUCCGUCUCAACAUCGUGACGCCCGCGGGGUGUACGACGUCUACCGCUCCGGCUCGGAGCGGCGUCACAUCGGCCGAUCGGUGUUCGACUACCGGCUGCGGCUCACGCCGCUGGACGAGGGCGCGGAGCAGGCCGGGUCGGUCAUCGUUGUCGGGCGUGACCUCAGCGCGACCGGCAUCGGGUUCCGCCACGCGCAACCGCUGCCGUACCGCAGCGUGCUGCUGGAGGCGGCCGACCCGCGUCUUGCUGGGAUCGGCCUGGCGGAGAUGCGGAUGGAGGUGUUGCUCCGCUGGUGCCACUUCCUCGGCGAAGGCCGUUACGAGAGCGGCGGCAAGAUCUGUCGGUCGGCGUUCGCCGCGUGGUACGCGCGGCUCGUCGUCACCGCGGCGGACGAGCAUUGGCUCGACGCGGCGAAAAGCGCCUUGUGCGGCUACGGCACGAGCGUCAUCGGCUGCGACGCCGAGAUCGCAAUUGAACGACAGCUCACGCCGGACGACACGCCCGACGGCCGGAUCGGCGCCGAGGUUCUCGCCUUCGGGUUCCGUGCCGAGCCGCUGGGCCGGGCCGUCGCGAAUCGCGUAGGGCAGACGGUGCUCACCUGUCCGACGGCGGCGGUCUUCGACGGUCUGCCUAGCGCCGAGCAGCGAGCUUCGCUGGGCGACUACCUCCGGUACUUCGGUGACGGACACGAGCGUGAGGCAGACGGCCAUUGGCUCGUGCCUGUGAUGGAAGGCGAGGUCGCCCUACCGCGGACGAUCGGCCUCGGCCGGGGCGUCGCCGGCGGCAACCUGAUCCUCUGCGGUCGCGAGCAAGCGGGGACGCUGCUCGCCGCCCGACGAGCGGGCGACGCCGUGCGCGACCUGCCGGGCGUGAUCACGCCGUUCCCCGGUGGCGUUUGCCGCAGCGGCAGCCAGGUGGGGUCGCGGUACGAGAAGCUCGUGGCGUCAACGAACGAGGCAUUCUGUCCCACACUCGAUGGCGGUAGCCUCCCGGACGGUGCCUCGUGCGCGUACGAGCUGAUUUUCAACGGCGUCAACGAGCAAGCUGUGCGCGAGGCAAUGCGUCUCGCGAUCGACGCAGCGGAUGGCGAAGACCUCCUUGCGAUCACGGCGGGAAGCUACGGCGGUAAGCGCCAAGGCGUAAAGACACCGCAUGCAAGACCCCUUUGCGCCUUCGCGUCUUGGCGUGAGUUGUCGGCGAUUUCCUUGUGCUUGGCUGCCGCUCUAAACGCGUCAUCCAAAGAGCCGCUCGACGGCCGCGACGGCCGGUCGCUGGCUCUCGAGCGUUUUCGUCCGAAGGCUCAACUGAUCGCCCCGCGCUCUGAAGCGCCCCGCGCGAGGUUCCCGGUCGUCGACGUGCACACGCAUCCGCGGAUGCGUUUUCGGCACGACCCGGCGCGGCUCGGCGAGUUCGUGCAGAUCAUGGACGAACACAACGUCGCCCUCUGCGUGAGCCUCGAUGGCGGUCUGGGCGAAGCGCUCGACGAGCACCUGGCGUACCUCGCCCCUCAUGCGGACCGGUUCCUGGUCUUCGCCAACGUCGACUGGCGUGGCGACGGCGACCCGGACGACUGGUCGACUUGGGAUUGUCACCGGCCCGACUUCGGUCGUCGGACAGCCCGGCGACUCGCCGACGCGCAGCGUCGCGGCGUGGUUGGUUUGAAGAUCUUUAAGCGGCUCGGCCUGUACUACCGCAACCCGGACGAUUCGCUCGUCGCGAUCGACGACCCGCGAUGGGACCCGAUCUGGGCCGCCUGCGGCGAGUUGGGCCUGCCGGUGAUCAUCCAUUCGGCCGACCCGGUCGCUUUCUUCGAGCCGAUCGACGAGCGCAACGAGCGGUGGGAAGAGCUGCACCGCCACCCCGAUUGGAGCUUCUAUGGCGACGACCCGACCGGUCGGCCGUGGCCGUCGCACGACCAGCUGCUCGCGGCGCGUAACCGCGUAAUCGCGCGUCACCCCAAGACGACGUUCUUGGGCGCCCACAUGGCGAACCAUCCAGAGAAUCUGGCGAAAGUAGGCGAGUGGCUGGAUCGUUAUCCGAACCUGGUGGUGGAAAUCUCGUCGCGCAUCGCGGAAUUGGGACGACAACCGUACACAGCACACGACUUCUUUCUGCGCUAUCAGGACCGCAUCCUGUUCGGCACCGACGGCCCCCGCCCCGCGGGGCGAUUGCUGCCGCAUUGGCGGUUCUUUCAGACGCGCGACGAGUACUUUGCCUACGCCGAAAACCCGUUUCCGCCGCAGGGUUUAUGGAGUAUCCACGGCAUCGACCUGCCGGACGAGGUCUUGCGGAAGCUUUAUUCCGAGAACGCGGCGCGGGUCAUUCCCGGAGUCGCCGAGGCGCUUCGGGCGUUUCGGGAGACGCACGACGAUCGCUGA